CUUUUGAAGUGGUUUCAGGCGUUUUACAUGGUGAAGGUCCUCGUUUUCCCGAUGCAGGUUUAAACUCGUUAAAGAUGGCAAAUCCAUCAAGAUACGGUAAAAAGUUAAUGUCCCAAUCUCCAACGUUGGAAGGUGGGAACAACAAAAUCCUUCCGACAACUUUUCCUCCACCACCACCAUCUCUCAAUCGACAUGUAUCAUACGAUAAAGUUAUUGUGCCCGGUAUGUGUCUGUGUUGGAAUUGCAGUACCGACAUCGCGCUGACCUCUUUGCUUUUUCACUGCAAACAGAUCGAUCGAUGCGACCUUCAACAUCUCUCAAUGCUUUGACAGCAGAGCGUUCUGAUGUGCCGUACAACAGGCCACCUCCUUCAAUGCAUGACCACAGAUUCUCAAACAGAUUCGAGACCGGGCCAGAGAGGGUGGACCUGGAUCACAACAGAUGGCGAGAACGUAGUUCGGAACCAAGUAGGGCAAGGGAGAUCGGACGUCCGGAUAUUCUUCCCGAAUCAAACCUUCCAAGAGAUCGAGCUUCUUCCAGCAAUGGACGUACAUACGCCGCCUCUACCGAACAAGAAUAUCCUUCGGAAAUCGCCGGACCCAGCAGGCUAGGUGGUGCCGUUCCUCCACCGCUCACUUCACCACUCGGUAAUUUUCCACGUCACCCAAACGACUCCCCACGAUCAGCUUAUAGCGCUCGUGAAACAGAUGGAUUCAAUCAGAGAGCACCCCUGCCCGGCCAGCAUCAUGGAGGUAAUCCGGCAGGACUGCCCGUUCCGCAGCCUCCUCCUCGCCAUCCGCAACCAGGAAGACGUGCUUCCUCCGACUAUGGAGGAACGCCUUAUCCGACCAGCUACUCUCCGCCGUACAAUACCAAGAAUGACGAACGUUACGGCUUUAGACCGCCUUCAGACCACUACUCUACUCAACAUGGCUCCCGAAUCCCAAGUGGAUAUUACCGUGAUGAAUACCGGGACGCCAGUCAAAACGAUCAAACGUACGUGAGCGGAGACGAAAGUGGAAGUAUGGGUUUUAGACCAUCAAAAUAUCGUAAACGAUCACGAGCGCCUGCUCCUGGCAGUUGUGUUUCUUGUGGCGUUCGUGAUACGCCUGAAUGGCGUAGGGGUCCAAACGGAGCGCGAACGUUGUGUAAUGCAUGUGGAUUGCAUUUUUCUAAACUUCUUCGUAGGAAAAAACAAGAAGAAGGAAAUGAAACGGCAAGUGUGACUGUUGAAGAAUUACGUUUGAGUUUAAAACUUCCCGGUAAUGGAUCCACAGGACAAACAUCUCCUUUCUAACAAUCAGUUAUAUUAUAUUUUUAUCUUUCGGGACAAUACACAAAACUCUCGCAAUA